UCCAUGGUGACCAAGUAAAGUUUCCUCCACUACAGCUCGAUAUUUAUACGUUUCUAAGCGGACAUGUGUUCCCCGGAGCCGGAGGACGUGGAGCCGCUGGUCACCGUGUUCCAGGGCUCUUCCCCGGAGCACGCGGCCCACGCGCGGCUGCUGUGGAGCUCCAUGUCGCUGCUGCCGCCGCUCGAGUCCCGGCUGCUGUCCGCGGAGGACACCCGCCAGAGGCUGCCGGUGUCCCGGCCGCAGCACCCGCGGGCCGCCACCCCCCCGCCGCCGGAGCCGCCGGAGGAGAGGCGGCGCUACGCGGCCAUGGCGGACCAGAGGAGGGAGACCAUGGCUCUGCUGAGGCGGCAGCGGGACCAGCGGGUCCGGGGGGCCCGCAGGGAGCGGCUCCCCGCGGGGGGCCAGCCCGGGACGAAGCUCCGCGGAGGGACAACAGCGAAGGAGGGAAGCCCCGCGGACUGCGAGCUCGUGGAGCAGCUGCAGUAAUCAAGACAGAAGGCCUUCUGAAUGACGUCAUAGCUUGUGACACUUCUUUAAUUGGAAGGAACUAUUUAAGUCUGUGUGUUUGACUGUUUUAAACAAUUGGAUGUGUUGUUUAUAUAUAUAUAUUUUGUUCGUCUCAUUUGGGGUUGAUUGGAAUUUAACAUAUAAAAAAUAAACAAUAAUGGCUCCAAAAGUUUACUAUAAAGUAAUUAAUAUUAUGAACCAUUUAAAAAGAUUCUCCAUAUGCACCUUCCUGAUCACAUUAAACACCAAUCAAUAACCAAUAAUCCCCAUGUGUUCCACCUUUUCAUCUACGGAGUCACAAAAUCGGCUGUUAAAAACUGAUCUGAACCCCAAGUGUUCAUUGCCAGGCAGGUUUUUCACAUAAACAAUUCAAAGAUAUGAGAAACAUAAUUAAUACAAAGUGACGUCACCAAGACGAUGAGAAGAUAAACGUGUACACGUACAACCGAACCCCAAAGAGCCGAUAGAGAUGUACACAAUCCUGAUAAAGUACACGAUAACGCAUGGCUAGUGUAAUUAAAUAUCAUUACAUGAAAUAUGUGCGAACUUAAAUAUAAAUGUGAACACUGAGACAAGUUAAAAUAUAUUCUUUCAUUUCAUUGACUAAUUAGAAUCAACUUUUUUGUCGGGUUUCUCUUUGUAUAACUUUGUAUAAUAAAUGUGUAUAAAUGA